CGAACGUUGAUAAUGAUUUGUCGUACUAGUGAUUUCGUUUUCCUGCUAGGGUUUGGGAACUGUCUUGCCCCUUUUAAAGGUUUGUUUCUCUCUAGUCAACGAAGCUUAAAUUUUAAAAAAGGAUUUUGUAUUUAACGUCUUGAGAGAAGAUACAGAAAUAAGUUUCCAGAUUUGAAUCGUCUGGUAGAAGGAGUAAAAUUUUCGACAGAAAGUGGGUCCGUACGUUGGUUACGAUCCUUCAAGUACACCAUGGCCAUGGCUUCAUUUCAACCGCCGAGUCAUCUAUUUGAACGAAACAUCUCUUUGAACGAUCUCGACUCCGCUUUAGACGUGCGAGAAAUAGUGCGGAAAGAUGUUGUGGUACCCGAAGACGUUACAAAACACAGAUAUCUAGAUUCCUCUUCCAACUUUACAUUUGUGCUUCCUUCGUUCCAAGAUUUCACUCUCGAAUUCCGAAAAUUCGUAUUCAGCUUUUUGGUGGAUGGACACACAAUGAGAGAGUUGGAAGCUGCCAAAAGACUUAAUUGGUGUUGCGCUUUGGGUCGUAUGGCGACAGUGAGUACUUUGGGCGAUGGAAACUGUUUAAUGCAUGCAGCCUCAAUUGGAAUGUGGGCCGUCAACGAUCGUUAUCAGACUCUCAGGAAAACUGCUCACGAAGCACUCGUGGAAGACGUGGAAGGUACAAGUUUUUACCAUCGUCGCUGGAAAGCUGAAGAAGAACGGCAAAUAUUGAACCAGCUUGGAGGAUAUCAGAGAACAGAAGAACAAUGGAAUCGUGAAUGGGAAGAAGUUAUCAGACAUGUAUCACAGAAUGAAUUUCCAUUUGGUCCAAAUGGUGCUCAAUUUGGGAGCCUUGAAGAGAUCCACAUCUUUGUCCUCGCCAAUAUCUUGCGUCGCACUAUUAUAGUGAUGUCAGAUGACACCCUAAGAGGACCAUAUGGCGAUUCAUAUUCUCCGAUAAACUUUGGAGGUAUUUAUUUGCCUCUGUUGUGGGACUCUGUAGACUGCGUGAAAAGUCCCUUAGUGAUUGGUUAUGCAAAUGGACAUUUCACAGCAGUUGUCAGUAUUCAAGAUGGACAACUAGACCUGGAGAAUGAAAAUCAGCCAGCUUUAAGGUCAAGUAACUGCAUGCAUGCCGUGCCAUUAAUUAAAUAUGAUGGAUCACCAUUACCAGUUCAUUUUCUUCUCGAUCAUGAAGUACCAUUGGCAAGUGACCGUGUGCGUCAGUACUUGGACUGUGCUAAAGUAUCUGUUUUGAGUGAUCAAGGAGGUUCUAGGCAGUCAAUUCUUGUUGCAAAGUUGCAUUUUGGUGAAGAACCUCGUUGCAUGAAAGCUCUUAUUGAUGGAUACUUCCAAAGGGCCAAGGAAGAAUAUCAACGUAUGCUAAGAACCAGUCAAGUAAAUAUUCAGUCUCAACCAGGUACCAAACAGCCAACACUACAGAUUGUUCCAUGCCAAACUCAAGGUUGCACCUUCUAUGGAUCAACAGAGACUGGGAACCGUUGCUCUCAGUGUCUGAACGAGUAUAUCAGGACCCUUGGACCUUCAGAACCAAGUCAUUAUGCAGCAGCAAGACAGAUUUCUUCUCGAGAAAAUGUUGUAACAACCACCACAUCUGCAACACCACAAGCUUCUAAUGCCAUUGUGACAACCCUUCCCACAACCUUUCCAGCUACAACUCCUGCCAAAUGUCGGACAUCCGGGUGCAAAUAUGCUGCAGUGUCUAACCAUGGUGGCCUAUGUGAGAGGUGCUUUGAAGCUGAAAGAAAUGCAGAAGAAAUGGCAGCAAGCAUGAAUCCCUUGACAUUGGCAACCACAAAGCACUGUGCAAACAGAGUGAAUGGCUGUGAGUUCUUUGGCCUGCCUGAACAUCAUAACUUAUGCUCCAGAUGCUACAGAACCUUCUGUUUACAGAUGGAAAAUACCUUAUCACCACGUAGCCCUGCAUUGCCAGGACAGCCUAACAGUUGCCAGCGUCACAACUGUCCAUUCCCUGGUGUACCUGCAUUGUAUGGUAUGUGCGUACAGUGCUACACUGAUUGUAUUCACAGUUUUAUAACCUCCAAGGGUGAAUCAGUUGGGAGUGCUAUGCAACUCAAUCCACCCCAGGAAGCACCACCACAGAAUGUCACAAGAAUUAAUCCAGUUCCAACUGGUGGUGGAAGGAAGGGUGUCUUGUGUGCCUCUCCAGGCUGCUUCAAUGAAGGAAUAUCUCAGUUCUCAGACUUGUGUAGAGAAUGCCAUGCAAGAAAGUCUGGUCCCUCUCGGGUACGAAACACUUCAGUAACUACUGCAGGAGAAGCUAGUGUCCCCUUAGUCACACCAUCUCCAACCUUCACAUCUGCAUCAGCAGCAGCAGGCACCCCAAAUUAUCACCCAACAUCAGCACCAACAAAUGGUACUGGUCUGUAUACGUGCUCCAACCCAGCUUGCAAAAAUCCAAGAAGGGAUGGGCGAGGAUUAUGUCAAGCUUGUGAAAAUGCAAAUCCAAUUCCAUUCAUUACCAAUUCAGGAAGUGGUUUGCAACAGCUAACAAGAUCAAGCAGCAUGGCAGCGACUGUAUCAAGUGUAUUAAGGCAUCCUGUCCCAGCAUUUACAAGUGGCAGCACCAAUACCCAUAACACCGCUGGGACCUCGUCAUCUGCAGGGGCACAACAUCCCUAUCAAGUCAUCCCACAAGCACCAUCCACCGGAUCAAAAGCAGAUAAGUGCGCCUUGUGUGGAAAACGAGCAGAACUGGAUGGUGGGUUGUGCAAAGAUUGCUUUGCUGCAGGUUUUCAGGCAGAACUACAUGACAUUGAGAAGAGACAAGCUGCAGUCUCCCAGACAUCAUCCAGACAACAAGGCACCUUUACAGCUGCUGCUUCAAAUAACCAGGGAGCACAAAGCACUUCUCAAGGCAUAAACCAAACAGAGACAACUACCAAGAGGACGGCUGUGAAGGUAACUGAGCUUCCAUGCAAAACCAAAGCCUGUCUCAGAUUUGGAACCCCAGAGAAGAAUGGGUUAUGUGAGCAGUGCUAUCUUGAUAAUAGAAGGAUUCAACAAAGGUCCACAUUAUCCUCUGAAGUGCAUCAAAAUCAGGGUCAAGUUAUAAGAGGUAACUCUCACAAUCUUCCAACACCAACACAAAAUCGCCAGUUUGGUUAUGACCUUCCAGGACCAGUACAAGUGUCCCAGCCACAAAGCCCUCAGUAUGGCUCGCAAGUGAGGCAAUCUCAGUCAAAUUCAGGCAGUGGUGACAUCAGUGGUCAAAAAUGCCGUGGCACUAACUGCACCCUAUUCGGAACACCAGAGACAAAUGGAUAUUGCUCUCGCUGCUUUUUGGAAAGCACCAUUCCUCUUUCAUACCCACAUUCAGUUCCAGAUUUCCCUGGGGAAGUUACCCCAUCUUCUACUGCAUCUCAUACAACAGUAGCAGUUCACAGAUGUAUUAUAACUGGAUGUGACCGCACUGCUGCACCAGAGAGAUAUGGUCACUGCCAAAACUGCUUUGGAAUGUACUACCCAGAUGUUCUUUCUCGUGAAUCCCUUCUUAACAAUUCAUAAAUGUCUGGACAUGUUUGAACAGGCUUUAAUGGCCUAUUUCUCUCAGAUCAAUAUCUGCAACAACUACAAAAUGGCAACUGCAAGGAAUUGAUACAGGGCUAAUGUUAGGGAGUGGGGGAUAGUGGACACUCCAGAAAAAACGACUGUAUUUGUAAUAAGUAUCAUCAACAAUUUGUAUUACUAAAUAUGUUAGAAAUAACAAAGAGUGAAAAACUUAUUUAUAAGUUCUUACUGGCCCUCAUACUGGCCUCAGAAGCGUACUUCUCCUAAUAAGGAGAAGAUACAUGUUCAAAGUGUUAGUUUGAUUAGUUGUAGAGUAGCUAACUUUAAACAGACUAAUUUCAUACUUGAUUUGUUUCGUAAGCUGGUUUAAGUCUAAAUUAUUCAAAAAGAAUGUUCAUUUUUACACCAAUUAGCAUUAGUUUUUUUUCAAGGACGUUGUUUAGGAAGUUGGUUUAAAAAUUUGUUUCUCAAACCAACCAUGAAACAAAUGAAAGUUUCAUUUCAUAUGAAACACACUUAUGAAAGAAAAAUAGAAGAAAGGACUCACAAUGCAUGAAUUAGCAUCCAGC